GCCCGUCUCUUCAGUGGUUUAGAAGACGCCCCAGUAAAGUUCCUCGUCCCUUCUCUCUCUUUCUCUCUCUCCGCGUGCUUCGUUGACCUGAAAUCUCUCCCACGACGACGCUCGGGAUGCCCUUUCCGAGCACUAGAUCUGUCGAUCUCGAGCGCCCAUCUCGCGAAUCCGAGAUCUGUCUUUAAGGGCGGAAAGGCUCCGGCUUUGAGAGCUCGAGCGGCGACCGGGCUUUCGGCUUCGAGGGUUUUUUUUUUUUUUUUUCCGAGCGUUUGGUUUGAGGAUCUACUUCCAGAUCUGGACUUGAUAGAGCUAGGCCGAGCUGUGGUUUUGGAAUCGGGACGUGGGAAAUGGCGGUGCCGCUGAAGGAUGAUUCGAUUGACAUUCGGGAGGUGUGGAACGAUAAUCUCGAAGAGGAGUUCGCGUUAAUCCGCGAAGUCGUGGACAGAUUCAGCUAUGUCGCGAUGGAUACCGAGUUCCCCGGUGUUGUUUCGCGGCCGGUGGGGAAUUUCAAGAACAUCAGCGACUAUAACUACCUGACUUUGAAGAAUAACGUCGAUAUGUUGAAGUUGAUCCAGUUGGGGCUCACCUUUACGGACGAGAACGGGAACUUGCCCACUUGCGGCACGGACAAGUACUGCAUUUGGCAGUUCAAUUUCCGCGAGUUCAACGUUACAGAGGACAUGUUUGCUGGCGAUUCGAUCGAGUUGCUGCGCGAGUGCGGCAUUGAUUUCAAGAAGAAUACUGAGAAGGUUGACGUGAGACGCUUCGGUGAGCUCUUGAUGUCCUCUGGGAUUGUUUUGAAUGCUGAUGUUAACUGGGUUACCUUUCAUAGCGGGUACGAUUUCGGUUACCUGCUUAAGUUGUUGACUUGCCGGAGUUUGCCUGAUACGCAAGUGGGGUUCUUUGAUUUGAUCAAUAUAUAUUUCCCCAUGGUGUACGACAUCAAGCAUUUGAUGAAGUUCUGCAACAGUCUUCACGGCGGCUUGAAUAAGCUUGCUGAAUUGUUGGAAGUUGAGAGGUUUGGCGUGUGCCAUCAAGCUGGGUCUGACAGCUUGCUCACGGUUACUUUCCUGAAGUUGAGGGACAUGUUCUUCAAUGGCUCCACAGAAAAGUACGCUGGUGUAUUGUACGGCCUUGGUGUUGAGGAUGGACUGAGUUCUAAUUAAAUGAAGAUAGCUUGGGAAAGAUUUGAUGAAUAUUUGUAGACUACUUGCGUGUGAAAGUUCUAGUUCUCUUUGUAAACUUUGGCUAAUUGUUAUGUUAGUAUGACCUGCUUUUAAGUUUGUAUGCUCUUUAAGCUGUAACCAAAACCUUGAGUUGGCUUUAGCUUGAGCUCUUGUAAAUUGUUGCAAUUAGUCUUCUAAUAAAGCGUUCACAAUUCCUUCUUAUA